GAGAGAGAGAGAGAGAGGCGAGUGGUUGGCCAGUCUUUGUCAAGAUUUGGACUUUUUCGGACGCUCUUCCUUUUCCUCCUCUUCUUCCUCCUCCUCCUCCUCCUUCUCUUGCCCGGGGCCUCAAGAGAGAUGUGAGAGCAAGGGAGAAAGAAGAAAGAACAAGAGACUCAGACACAGAAAUAAAAAUUCAUUCACUUUUUCUCAGUCUUCAUAAAGCAAAAACUGAAAGCUACUGCUACUACUUCUGCUGCUACUACUACUACUACUACUACUACUACUACUACUACUACUACUACUACUACUACUACUACUACUACUACUACUACUACUACUGGUGUUUGAAAUGGAAGAAAACGGAAUCCUUUCUACAACUUCUACUACUACUACCACUACUACUACUACUGCUGCUACUGCUACUGCUACUGCUGCUACUACUACUACUUCUAGAAAUGCUGCUAUUAUCUUGGAUACGCACGAGCACAAGGAGGCACGAUGCUGCAACACGAAGUACAGCCAGGCACUCAAGCACUUCUUGCCGUGCCGCCCUGCCAGGAAGGACAAGAACCUCCUUCCGAGCAACAAUGCGGGUCUGUUCAGCUACAUCAGCGUCACCUGGCUCACGCGGCUCAUGAUGAAGGCCUACAAGCGAGGCCUGCAACCCGGGGACCUCUGGCUGCUACAGUACGAAGACGGGUCUGAACUGAACUCAGCCCGCAUGGAGAGACUGUGGGAGGAGGAGAAGGAGUCUGCCAAAUUCAAGAGAAAACCUGAGCUGUGGCGCGUGGUAUGGCGGGCUAUAAGGACGAGGGUGGUGGUCUGCAUGUUGAUAUCCAUAGUGCAAAACAUUCUGCAGUUUCUCGGCCCGUCUGUGAUGCUGAAGCUGGUCCUGGACUACAUCACAGACCCCCAAAUUGACAACCUGUAUGCUGGCCUCAUCAUUUUGGCCACAUUCAUCAUCAACAUGGGCCGGGGUGCUUUGUUUAAUGCCAUGUUUGUUGUCGGCACACACACUGCUGCAAGGGUGACAGGGGCAAUGCAGGCCGUGAUGUACAAGAAAGUGUUACGCUUGAGGACUGGUGGAGAGAGGCUGUCAGCGCAGAUCAUUAAUUUCAGCAACAAUGACAUGGAGAGGCUGUUUGAGGCGUGCAUCUCCUGUGUCUUCAUUACUGCAAUGCCUGUCCUCUUCACUCUGAGCGUCAUCUACUGCAUCUACAUCUUGGGUCCGUGGUCGUUGCUGGGCCAGGGCGUCUACAUCCUCUUCUACCCCAUCAUGGCACUCAUUGCCAAGGCCCAGAGCAGCAUCCGGGUGGAGACAGUCAAGGUGACAGACAAACGUGUGGCCCUCAUGAGUGAGAUUCUCAACAGCAUGCGACUCAUCAAAAUGUACUCAUGGGAAGACUCAUUCGCCAAGAAGAUAUCAGGUAUCCGGCGUGAGGAGCUGAAGAAGCACCGCAUCGGGGCGUUGCUGCAGGCGGUGAGCUCCACAGUCACCCCCAGCAUCAGCAUCCUGGCCACCAUUGUCACCUUCAUGGGCUACACACUCUCUGGCUCUCCACUCAAUUCAGCUGAAGCCUUUACCAUAUUCUCAGUGUUCAAUGCAAUGCAGUUCACAGUUGGUGUUCUCCCCUUCACUGUGAGAUCCAUUGCUGAAGCCAAGAUUUCCCUCACCAGGAUACAGAAACUGCUGGAGUUGCCAGAGCACCAGAAGCAGGUAGGGGGGCUCCUCAACAAUAACCUGGCCCUGCAGAUCAAGAGUGGGGACUUUGCAUGGGAGGUGCUAAACAUUGACUUUAAGCAGAAGAAAUCAGGUGGUGCCUCAGACUCCCCAGCAGCCAAUAAGCUGAAGAAUGGGGAUGCCAAGAGGGAUGGAGCAGUGCAGGGGGAAGGCAAACAUACAAACGGACACGCCAAUGGAAGCAGCAGCCCCAUAAAGUCCAGCCAAGAGGAUGCCGUCACCACCAACAUGAUUAAGAGUGUGGACACCCUCUUUGACAUCAACCUGUCCAUCGAGAAGGGCAAGCUGAUUGGUGUGUGUGGCAGCAUUGGUGCCGGGAAGAGCUCCUUGAUCUCAGCCAUUUGUGGAGAUAUGAAAGUGCAGAAUGGGAGUGUGCAAGUGAAUGGCCAUCUUGCCCUAGUGACCCAGCAGGCAUGGAUCUACAAUGACACCUUUAGGGAGAAUGUCUUGAUAGGGCAGCAGUAUGACGAAGAGAAGUACAAGGAGGUGCUACGGGUCUGCUCCCUCGAGUCAGACAUUGAGCUGCUGGCGUCUGGCGAGUCAACAGAGAUUGGAGAGCGAGGAACAAACCUGAGUGGUGGACAGAAGCAGAGGGUGAACCUGGGCCGAGCCGUGUACUGCAACAGAGACAUUUACCUCCUGGACGAUCCCCUGAGUGCUGUGGACGCCAAGGUGGCCCGGCACAUCUUCAACCAGUGCAUCAGAGGACACCUGGCAGAGAAAACUGUUAUCCUUGUCACCCACGCACCUCAUUUUCUGGAGAAGUGUGAUGAGAUCGUGGUGAUGCAGGAAGGGAAGAUCGUGGAGAAGGGAACACAUGCAGAGCUGCUGGAACGCAAGGGUGAAUACUUUGACAUGGUGGGCCGGGAGGCAGCCAACAACAGUGAGGAGCACCAUCAUGAGGAGGAAGAGGCAAAGGAGGCUGAUGGAAAGGCAGAAACUGUAAAGAAAAAAGUGGAGGACAAGGAAGAGGACAAGGACAAGGGAAAACUGAUCACUGAGGAGGCAAGAGCUACUGGAAGUGUAAGCGCCAAGGUUUACUACACAUUUGUUAAGGUGAGUGGUGGCUGGUGCAUUGCUGGGAUCAUUUUGUUUGCCAUCAUCAUCUUCACUGUCAGUCGCAUGUUCAGUGCAGUGUGGCUGCAGCACUGGCUGGAUCAGGGUGACGGAAGGAUUGAGGACCGGCAGAUGAAUGUCACCCUGUACAACCUCACACUGUCUGAUGCAGAGCUGAAGGGAAGCAUUGUGGAGAACCCAUCACUGUGGCUCUACCAGCUGGUCUACUGCCUCAGCUUCCUGCUUCUCCUCCUCACCGGUGUCAUCAAGGGCAUUGGUGUGACCUUCAGGGUGUUGGCAGGGGCUUCCAAGCUUCACAGCCACAUGUUCACCAGCAUCCUUCAGUCCCCCAUGAGCUUCUUUGACACAACACCAACUGGCAGAAUACUCAACAGGUUCUCCAGGGACUUGGAUGAGUUGGAUGUUCGUGUACCAUUCUUCCUGGAAUUCCUGCUGCAAGGGAUGCUGUUUGUGGUCGGCCAAGUCAUCCUCGUCUGUUUCAUCUACGUCUGGUUUGUCAUCCCCCUCAUCGUCAUUGCCAUCAUAUUUGUGAUGGUGGACGUUUUCCUGAAUGCUGGAGUGCGAGAGUUCAAGCGUCUGGACAACACCCUCAAGUCACCCAUCACGCAGCACAUCGGCUCAUCCAUCAGCGGACUAUCUAUCAUCCGCACCUUUGACAAGGAGAAACUCUUCAUCACCAGGAUGUACAGGUUCCUAGACAGGCACUCAGCUGCCCUUCUCGUGUUCCGGCUCUCCAAUCGCUGGUUUACGUUCCGCAUGGAUGUGAUGGCAAUGUUGGUCACUCUGGCUGUCACCAUCAUCUGUGUCUUCACUAAGGGAAUGGUCAGCACUGCCCUAGCUGGCCUGGCGCUCUCCACAGUCAACGGAGUGUGUGUCUUCAUCCCAUUCCUGAUGAGGAUGAAGUCAGAAUUCCAGUCCCGCAUCACCUCAGUGGAACGCAUCAUUGAGUACGCCUAUGGGCUGUCCAGUGAGGCCCCAAGAGAGAUCCCCGAGACACGGCCAGUGGGUCCCUGGCCCAAGAAUGGCUCCAUUGACCUGCGUGAGGUGCAGCUGCGGUACAGACCAGACCUUCCUCUCGUCCUGCACGGCAUCACUGCCUCCAUCAAUGCUGGGGAGAAGAUAGGGAUUGUGGGCCGCACUGGAGCAGGCAAGUCUUCCCUUAUCUCCACUCUGCUGCGGAUAUGUGAGCUUGACUCGGGCAGCGUGUUGAUUGAUGGGGUGGACAUCAGCACCCUGGGCCUCCACACCCUGCGCUCCAGCAUCUCUGUCAUCCCCCAGGACCCAGUGCUCUUCCAGGGCUCCCUCAGGUACAACUUGGAUCCAUUUGAUGUGCAUUCUGAUGAUGCGGUGUGGCAGGCCCUUGAACAGUCCCACCUGAAGGUGGUGGUGCAGCGGCAGGAGCACGGCCUCAUGUCUAAGGUGGAGGCUGCCGGGGAGAACUUCUCAGUGGGGGAGCGUCAGCUGAUCUGCCUCACCCGCGCCCUCCUCAGGAACAGCAAGAUCCUGCUGUUGGAUGAAGCCACAGCAUCCGUGGAUGUGGAGACAGACCACCUCAUCCAGGCCACCAUCCGGGAGGCCUUCAAGAGUAGCACUGUCCUCACCAUUGCCCACAGACUCAACACCGUCACCAACUAUGACAGAAUCAUGGUGUUGGAUGCUGGCAGGGUGAAGGAGUUUGACACCCCGACAGUCCUGAUGAGCACCGAGGGGUCACUGUUCCGAGAGAUGAUGAGUGCCACAGGGGUGACGUCGGUGGAACAGAUGUUGGCCCUCACCUAGUACUGCUUUGCUUAGUAAGGCACUCACAACUCCAGUGAUAUUCCUUAUAAGGUUCAGCAAACAUGUGGUACCCAUCAUUGCAGCUCACAUUUCCUCAGCUCAAGUAAGCUAAAUGGUACAUGAAGUUUGGGGUCCUGGAGGCCACAGCUGCUGGCUUGUUUUGAAUUUAUUGCUACUCUCCAAGGCUUGAGUUACCCUUCAUUUCCAAAAGCAUUGUGGACCAGAUAAUGAGGUAAAAGUUGAGCAGUUUUAUGUCUGAGGUACUUAAGUUUAUCCACAUUUAUUUUAUAAAGGCAGUCAUAUCUUGAGAAUGAAAGAAAUGUUAUAUAUAUUGUAGAUGUUUAAUGUGGGUUGUUUAUUGUUGGGAUGCAUUCCCCUCAUUUUUGUAGUAUAUUAAAGAGAUUUAUCUUGAAUUGUAAGCCUUUUUGAGUUAAGAAAGGUCAGCUUGUGUUCAGGUGGUGAUCAGCACAAUGGAAGGUUUAGUUCAUUGUUCCUGUCAUAGAAUGGAGAGAAGGUCUCAUUUUAUCUGUAAAUCCCUUAACGUUCACACAACCAGGAUUUACUGGUGAUGGGAAGGCAAGGGAAUGUUUCUUACAUCUUCCAGUGGAUCUCAAAGGAAACACGAGGCUCUGCAAUAGUAAGUGUGUUCAAGUAGGUGUUUAGAUGUAUUGGUAGAGAGGAACAUAUGUGUCAGUCCCUCAUGUGUUGCAGUUAUCAAAGUCAGUCAUUGCAUCUUGACAUGAGAGAAUCAAUGGCAAGGAUUAGAGAUGUGACUUCACUUUGUACCUUCUAUCCAUUAUUCAUUGAAGCAGUGUAAGUAUGUUCAUUGAAGGUAUUGCCACAGUCUGUCAUAGGCUGGUGAAGGCUACUUGGCAUUGGGUGGAGAAGGAAUGUAAUGAAAAAUUUUAUAAAAGAAAAUGAAAAAAGACAGGAAUUAAUUUGAAAAUGUGAUGAAGAUUUUUCAGUCAAGAUCAACAUCUGUGUGGUAUUGGGCAUAUAGAGACAAGGCCUGUGAUGGAAGAAUGUCAAAGAGAAAUGAGAGAAUCUGGGAUUGUAUUUAAAAUGUGUAGGUGGAGACGUCUCUGCCUUAACCAAACACAGAAGGGGUGCCUCAGGAAAGAAAACAUGAAUUGUAUAGAUAAUAAGACAGCUUUGUAUAAAGUAUGUAUAUCACUUAAGAUUAAUUCAUGCUUUGUACAUUCAUAAAAGAAACAACAUCGCAUUGCAAACAAUAUAACCUCGCAUGUGAUUAUUAGGGUAUUUUGAGAAGCUUUGAAAGGAAAAUAUGGUACUUACAUGCAACUCUUACUGUCCUCUUGGUGGAGAUGUGUGUAUUGGUGUAGUGGGCCACUCCCUGCAUGGAUCUGCUGUGUAACAAUUGGUCAGCCAGGUAAGAUAAAAGAAAGACAAGUGGAUUACACAGACAAGACUGAGCAAAUGGAUUGGAGGAGGCAGAAAAAGAAGAAAUAUGCAGAAAUCAAGAGACAAAACUCUAAGGUUGGAUGAUUGACUGAAAAUUUUGACAACUAUGGAAGAAAAGACAGAAUGAAAAUUUUGAGGACAGAAGAUUGGUUGGUUGAGGAAAGAUUUUGUCAUGAAGAAUACAUAGAUGAAAAAUAUUAAAUAAAAGGAGAACUGAGGGAGCUUACUCAGUCACACAACACAACUAGCAUCCUGGUGACUGAAGGAUGAGUAGUGUGAGAUGUAAUAAGACAUAAUAUUAAUAAUUGUACAGUGUAUGUGGAAGGAUGCUACUGUAAUUGAGGCAUUUAUGUUGACUCACGGUGUUAGCUUUUAUUAUUAUUAUUAUUAUUAUUAUUAUUAUUAUUAUUAUUAUUAUUAUUAUUAUUAUUAUUAUUAUUAUUAUUAUUGCUGUUCUUGAGCUUCUGUAUCUUAAGGUGUGAGAGGACUGUGGUUUUGUGUGUGUGUGUGUGUGUGUGUGUGUGUGUGUGUGUGUGUGUGUGUGUGUGUGUGUGUGUGUGUUGCAUUCUCAGCGGAUUUUAAUAUUAGUCUUGAAGCGGCAUGAUUCUCACCUGUUCUUGAAUAUUAGUGAGUGUGGGAGGUGAGGUGACAGGUGAUAAUGAGCAGGUAAAGAUAUAAAGGUAAGAUAAUUCCUUGUUUAUUUGAUGUAUGGCAAUGGGAGGAGAUUAGUUGUUUGUUUAUUUUUGGUUUUGGAAGUAAUUUUUUUAACAAUUUAUCAGACAAUAGUAAUUACUGCUUUUAAUUUAAAGUAUGGCAAUGGGAAACUUGUUUAUAUUCAUUUAUUUAUCUAUCAAUUUUUUUAAGUAAUUUUUAACACAUUGAGCAAAAUAAUGCCAUGGUUGCCAAUCUCACUCAUGGCUGUUGAGGAAAGUACUGAUUAGUGUUUUAUAUACACUGCGUCACUGUCUCAUUCCAGGUUUGGCAGUUUUAUAUAUGGUAAUAGAGGAAGAUAGUUUUUUAUGUAUGUACACCAGUACUGUCCCAAGAAUGCCUGGCAGUAAUAAGAAGAAAGUGUACUAAUGUGAAUUUGGAAGUAUGUAAUUUUUUAUCAGAUUUUUUGUGAUAAUAACCCAGGGAAUUUCUUGGCAGUAAUAUUAGGAAGAUUAACCUUAAGAUUCCCAUUGGGGUGCUAUGAUUACAGAUACCUGUAAUAUUAAUCUUGAAACUACACCUGGGAAGAUGGAGGUCCCCAAACUGUGUUAUUUUGCCAACUAUCAUCUGUACACGAGCUAAUCUUAGACAUAUAUUUAUAUUUUUUAUUAAAAGAAAUAUAUAUAUAUAUAUAUAUAUAUAUAUAUAUAUAUAUAUAUAUAUAUAUAUAUAUAUAUAUAUAUAUAUAUAUAUAUAUAUAUAUAUAUACAUAGAUGUAAAUAUAGUGUAUACAAGAAUCUAUAUACUUAUAUUGAUGAAAUAUGGCAUAAUUAUGGUAGGAGUACAUACAGCUGAUUGAUUUAGUAAUGUACUGUUUUGUGAUGCAUAGCUUUAGAAGCUUGGAUUCACUACUAUUAUUUAGUCCUCUUGAAUAAUCUUUUGGAGGAUCAUUCCACACAAGUAAAAUUCCACCCUUGAAAACUCCUCCAUAAAAACUCCACACAAAGUAAUUUCCUUGUGAUAAAUUCGCCAAACCUGACCUGUCACAGGGAAUUAUUUUAGGGAAACUUUAUGGGUGGACAUUCAUGGGAAAAUUUAUCUGUUGGAAGCUUUUAGUAUAUUGUUUAAUGAGGGGCAAGGGAGUAACAGUAAGUUUGUACAGCUGCCCCAAGAAAUUAUGUCAUGCUCUGCUAGAUGUUUCGGAGAAAGAAAUCAGUAUCAGACAGUUUCGGCCACCUAUCACAUUCUGAUCUUUGUUCCUGGCCUGUGUGGAGCCCCUAAUGUAAAUCAGUUCAUUAAUCUGUAUAUUAGGUAAUUUAUAUUGAUUUAUAGGCAUGAAAUUCACUGGUUUGUUUUUCUUAUCUUUUCUUAUAUAAUAAGAGCACUGGCCAAGGGCAACAAAAUAUAUAUAUAUAUAUAUAUAUAUAUAUAUAUAUAUAUAUAUAUAUAUAUAUAUAUAUAUAUAUAUAUAUAUAUAUAUAUAUAUAUAUAUAUAUAUAUAUAUAUAUAUAUAUAUAAAAGGCCCACUUAGGUGUCAGUCUCCAAAGAAAAGAGCCAAAAGGAUUAACCAAAAAAGCAUUAGUAAAAUUUGAAUAAAGUGUGUCUGUAUUAGGUGCAUGUAGAGUUAUGUGAAGGAAGAGAGUUGUCUUUACAAGACAGGCUAUGACAUCACCUCCUGGGGUAACUAUACAGACCAACCUUCCCUGCAGUCCACAGGGGAAAAUAGCCACUCCUCUGUAUUCUAGUGGGAUGAAGCAGUUAAUUACUAUAAGAGCAGUGUAGCGAUCUAACUAGCUUAAUGCUUCGCUGUCAGCCACCAGUGCCGUCACCACCACCACUUCUACUGCUACUAAUGCUAUUACUGCCACCCCCACCACCACCACCACUACAACCAUUAUAUUAACAGUGCUAUAACAACCUACUGCCAACAGACUACUUCCACCAGGACCAUCUGUUCAUCUACUCAUCUAUUCACCCAUUCACCACUCCUGCUGCCUUUUGUGAGUUCCCUCAGCUACACCUCAGACAAAGAAGAAUGAGCCACAUCACAUCUGCAUCUCUGGCCACACCACACCACAUCAUGCCAUCCCACACCCUGCAUUACCUGUCUUGUCACACCACCCUUGCCUCACCCAUUUGUCCCUGGCAAUGCCCCAAGUAGGCCAACCCUAAGCAAGCCUCAUCCCAGGCAGACCAUAUCAUAUUAUAGACCACACCUUAACCAGGCCACACCCUAAGCAGACCACACCUUAAGUAGGCCACACCCCAAGUAGGCCACAUUACAAGCAAACCACACCUUAGGCAGGCCACAUCCUAAGCAAAUGACACCCUAAGCAGGCUACACCCCAAGCAGGCUACACCCCAAGCAGGCCACACCCCAAGCAGGCUACACCCCAAGUAAGCCACACCCCAAGCAGGCUACACCCCAAGCAGGCCACACCCCAAGCAGGCAACACCCCAUGCAGGCCACACUUCCAAGCAGGCCACACUCCAAACAGCCCACACCCCAAGCAGGCCACACCCGAAGCAGGCAACACCCCAUGCAGGCCACACCUCCAGGUAGGCCACACUCCCAAGCAGGCCACACUGCAAACAGGCAACACCCCAAGCAGGCCACACCCCAAACAGGCAACACCCCAAGCAAGCCACACCCUAAGCAGGCCACACCCUAGGUAGGCCACACCCCAGGUAGGCCACACCCUAAGCAGGCCACACCCCAAGCAGGCCAUACCUCCAAGUAGGCCACACUCCCAAACAGGCCACACCCCAAACAGGCCACACCCCAAGCAGGAUAUACCCCAAGCAGGCAACAGCCCAAGCAGGCCACACCCUAAGCAGACCACACCCUAAGCAGGCCACACCCUAAGCAGGCCACACCUUAAGCAGGCCACACCUUCCCUCUGGCUCACAACACAGGCCAGGAGUUGACAGCUGCCUUCCAUUGUGACCUACUCAGGGCCAGAGUCACACUGCCAUUGGUGGAGGGAGGGAGGGUAGACCACACACUAGAGACCACAACCCUGCCAGUCCAGACACCACUCCAGGGGAUAUAACUCAUGGUGUUCGGUUUUAUAUGUCUUCAUAAAGUCAGUAUAUAGUAUUGCUAUUAGAUCUGAAUGCAACUGAUUCCCUUACCAGUUUCACCAAUGUUAUAGUAAAGGCAACAGUCUUAUGAGAAUUUUUUUUUUAUUUAAUUGUUAUGUAGCAUUUUUCUUUAGAUCCAAACUAAUCUAAUUCCAUCACCCAUUUCACCAGUGUUUCUGUAAAGCUAACAUAGCAUUUAUAUAAUCUUUCUUUUGUCAGGUUUAUAAGGGAAUAUUUUCAUUGUUAGUACGUAGCACUUGCAUCAGAUCUGAACAUAACCAGUUCCUUUGUCAGUUUCACCAGUGUUUUUCUAAAGCUAACACAACACCCAAAUGAUCCUUCUUUGUCAGUCUUACAAAAUGCCGUUUUUGUAAAGUUAAUAUGUAGUAGUACUGUGAGAUGUGAACAGCCUGCUAAGUGUUCUCCAAGGCCAAUGUAACACUUCUGUGAGACCUAAACUCGGCCACCAUCAGUAUUCAAGUAUUGUCCUGCUAUAGAGCAGAGAGAGCACAGAGUAAUGUGAAACAAGGAAGUAGAGUUUGUGUGUAAGAAUGUCUUGAUAUGACUCCUGAUCCUGAGAAUAAUGGAGAGAGUAACGUGGAAUAAUCAGUGUGUUCAGGAAGAAGUUAUCAGAACACUACCUCACUGUUUGGUAAUGAGAUUGAAUGACAAAGUGGUCUUUGUAUUCACAGUAAAGAAGUUUAUAGCAACAAUUUGUAUUUAGUAAGUCUCUUUUGCAUCAUUAAAUGUCAUUUUUACCAUUGGUUCAUAGACAUGUAAGAUCAACUCUGUAUUACUAUUAACAUUAAGCUGUUCCCCUUCAACUAAUCCCAGCCUGUCACUGGCUAGCAUGACUUGCAAGCCCUGCCUCCACUGAGGAAGGACACAUGAUUGGUGGAUGCUUGGAAGGAGGCGGGAUUUGCUUGCCAAAUUAGUGUGUAAGGGACAGAAGCACCAAGGAGGGAGCUGGAGCCCUGUCUGUAGUUUGUGUCAUCUUGAGUGUGUUUGUUGAUGUGUAGUAUUCUUGGUUCAUGGACUGUGUGUGUGUGUGUGUGUGUGUGUGUGUGUGUGUGUGUGUGUGUGUGUGUGUGUGUGUGUGUGUGUGUGUGUGUGUGUGUGUGUGUGUGUGUGUGUGUGUGUGUGCAUUUACCUAGUAGUUGUGGUUUACAGGAGGAGGAGUCUAAGCUCGUGCUGUCCCAUCUUGAUAUCUACUGUUAUCCAGUUUUUCCUUAAAAUCAUGUAUAGUUAUUUCAUUUACUACUUCUUUUGCAGCUCAUUCCAGAUUCCUGCAGUCCAUUGCAGGAAACUGUUCUUCUUAAUAUCCCUUCUACACAUACCCUUCUUCACCUUCUCAUGCCAUCUUGUGCUUCUAAAGUCUCUCAUCAAAUCACUAUGGUUCAAUUUUUCAUAGCCCAACAAAAUCUGAUAUAAGGCAAUCAGGUCACCUCUCUCUCUCUUCCCUCUUCCAAGGUGGGUAGGUUUAGUUUCUUUAGUCUCUCUUCAUACAAUAAGUCCAAUAGGGUCAGAGGCAACUUUGUCACUGCUUGUUGUAUUUUCUCUAAUUUCUUUAUGUCCCUUUUAGAGCUGGGAGACCAUAUCACUGUUGCAUUUUCCAAACGAGGUCUUACCGUUGUCACAAUUAAAUUCCUAAUCUCUUCAUCUGGACAGUUGAAUGCUGCUCUUAUGUUUCUCACCAGAUUAUGUGUUUCUGUGUGUGUGUGUGUGUGUGUGUGUGUGUGUGUGUGUGUGUGUGUGUGGGAUGUUGAGGUGUUGAUUUCCUUAUAAAUAAAGAAGUUUGAUGUUUGAUAUGAUGAAGAAAAAUCAGGAAAGAUCAUGCAGUUAGUAAAGGUUUCAAAAUACACUGGAAAUCUUUGCAAGAAAGAAAUAUAAUGCAUGAAAGGACUUUGUGUUGAUUUCCUUACAGCUAAAGAAAUCUGAUGUUUCAGUAAGACUCAUGAAAGGAAAAAGAAGAAAAGCUUAUCAAAGUGAUAAAGUUUUUGACAUGCAGUGGAGGAUGUCAUGCAAGAUAAGGUUAUGUUCCACAAGGCAUUUUGGAGGUCAGCUUAUUAUUAUGUGCUUGGUAGUGAUGUGUGUGUUUCUUUAUUAUUUUUCUCCGAAGUUAGGUUAAGGAAUAUCAUAAGUAACUGUUUCUGCUGCCGUGUGUUGGAUGGAGUAGUGUCAUUAUUCAUCACCAGCAGAGAGAGGGAGAGAGGAAGAGAAGGAUCAUGUAGGCAUUGUAUAUAUGCUUCUAUUUUUCUUUCUGUCUUAGGUUCAUAUUCACAUAAACACUGGCAGCUUGACUUGACUGCUUUCAACAGGCUUUAGUGGAGUUGUUGGGGUUUCAAGGAUAUUUUCAUUAGUGAUGGUUAUUUGGGUUCUCAGGGGUGUCUUUGUGACUCAAGGAUAUUUUAACAGACUCAGGUGAAACUUAUUUGGGUUUUCAAUGGUGUUUUCAAGAUUCAAGUAGUUUAACACUAGGAAAAGUUAUAGGUUUUCAAGUGUAAUAGCUUAAGACUGGUGAAAAUUGUAUGGAUUUUCAAGAGUGUUUUCAUGAUUCAAGUGAUAGUUUCACAGACUCUAGUGAAAGUUUUAUGGGUUUUCAAGGGGUGUUCAUGACUCAAGUGACAGUUUUACAGACUCAGGUAAAAGUUAUUUGGGUUUUCAAGGGAUAAUUCUAGGGAUAAUUUAGGACUUUUCAUGAAUCUGCCACUAGUUUAACAACCCAGUAUUAUCAAUAGGAAAAGAAAAAAACACUCAUGAAAACUCACCAGUAAUCUCAGUGACCUUUGAAGACAGUCAUGGUGUGGGAAUGAAGUGUUUAAGAAUAUGAACCUUUUAUGUGAAGUUGCAUCUAGUACAAUGUGUUUGAAUUUCACAAAAAAAAAAUGGUACAAAAAGUGUAUAAGAAGAGCUUAUUUAGGUAGUGUCACUUUGCUCACCAACUAACUCAUGUAGUGAAUGAUCUCAUGCAUCAGAGGUAAUGAGGAAACACUGUUGCCAGAAUCAGAAUGAGUAUUGUAUUGCCAGACUUGUGUUUUACUGUAUUCAUCUGCCUCACUCCAAAAUAGAAGAAAUUCAAAAC